AUGCUGCUCUCCAAGAAGACAGGCCGAUCAUUGGCAUCGCUUAUGCUUUUGUCAGCUGUCCCGAUAUACGCUUCCAACACUCCCAAUUCUGGCUGGACAGAUAAGCAUGUGGUCCCAUCUUUGCAAUCGAUUCCUGGGGGACAGCUCACUGGAGAGCCAGUAGCAGCCAGGCCACUGCGGCCAAAGACCAAAUACAACCCUUCUGUUCUUGCCUACCAUCGAGACACUGGCAACACUCGGUCAGAUGACUACCUUGGUCCUCUCGGCCACAAUGUCACCACAUCAUCUAGCACCAACAUCAAGCCCGCCCCUCUCUUUUGGGAUGGAGAGGGCCGACUUACUGCUGGCGCCAUCUGCAAUGACACCACGACCUGCAUCGUGGCACUAGACCCCACGUCUUUCGACACACUCGCGACAUGGACUGGUCCCACAGAACAGGGAUCGUCUCCCUUCUUUCCAUUCUUUACCUAUUCGACCAUGUACCAAGGACGAUAUAUAACGCCAGCGCUCGGGCCGAAAGUCUUGGAGAUUGAACGGAGUGAUACGGCCAAUGGCACAACGCUAAACUUUGUUAAAGAGCUGAACUUAUCGGCCUUGGUAGGCGAAGAGAAUCAGAUAAUCAAUGCGGCAUACGACGAGGAAGGGAGAUUCUGGUUCACGACUGGAGGCUUUCGCGGAGCGGGAGUAGGCUCUACCAAUACUUCGGCUGUGAUCGGUUACAUCGAGCCAAGUGGGACGAUGAGGCACUUGGUCCUUCCCGACACCAAUGUGGAGAAUGGGAUAGCCAUGAGCGGCAGCAUCGUGUAUGUUAACACUGGACCCGCCGGAGCUAACGAUCGUCCGAAUGCUAUCGGGCACCUCUAUGCCUUGGCGCCCAGUGUCGAUGGCAUCCGGGUCUUGUACAAUGAAACCUACGAUGCCGGAUCGGGCAUCAAGCCCGGUGGCAUCUCUCGCGGCUCAGGCUCGUCGCCGAGCUUGCUAGGCACAGACUAUGUCGCCAUCACCGACAACGCAGACAUGCAAAUCCGGUUGAACAUCUUCAAGCAGGCUCGGAAUGAUGCAAGCACAGACUAUGAGAGCGUCAGCAAUAAGAACAGCAACCUCGUCUGCAAUGUUCCAAUUUUUCGCCCGAAUGCCAGCGCCACCGAAAACACUCUCAUCACGCACUUCGACGGGAAGAUCUACAGUGCUGUCAUCACCGCUUCCUUCAAUGCGCCUCCAGUCAUCAACUUCUUCAACAGCAGCACGACGCUCAAUAGCUCUGACCAUCGCGUCACUACCGCAGCGCCCGGUCUCGUUCGAGUGGAUUUUGAUCCGCGGAAUAACUCCUGUCGCGUACGCUGGGAAGUCGAUCUCCCCGGAACGGGUAUUGGGACGCUCUCAACAGCCUCUGGACUGCUCUAUCAAUAUCAUCAGGAUGUCGAGCUUGCAAAAGAAGGGGAAUAUGUGUGGUAUCUCUCGGCGAUAGAUUAUGAGUCUGGGGAGAUUGUCUGGUCGGUAAAGACGGGUACUGGUCCAUUGCUCAAUAACAAUUAUCAGAGUCCGACGCUGGGGCCGGAUGGGGCGGUGUAUACGUGGGUGCAAGGCGGAAUUGUGAAGGUUUUCGAUCAGGUGGAGGAAAUUGUUCCUGGGUACGGCAGUGCAGAGUAG